GUCCCUAAGGUCCCUGAUGGCGAGAAGGUGGACUUUGACGUAAGUGUACUUUAAAUCGUUUCUCCUUAAUCCUGUAUCUUGAACUAAAACAUCUUUUUUUUUCAAGUGAUCCCUGGCCAAGAAAGCAGCCGUUUAGGUCUGGUACAGUGAUACUAAACUGGAGAUAAUCUUUCUCUAACGUUGUGGUUCUAACAGGACCUCCACAAGAAGCGUCAGAACAAAGACCUGGUUGAGCUGCAGGGGCUGAUCGACGUCCACUUUGAGAACAGGAAGAAGGAGGAGGAGGAGCUUAUUGCCCUCAAGUCCAGAAUUGUGAGCUAUUAUUACCUGGCAUUUACUGCUGUAAAUAUAGGUGUAAAUACCAGGGUUGGGGUCAACCAGGGUUGGGGUCAACAGGAAGUACUCUACAAUUACAAUUACAAUUCUCUUCAAUUCUUUUCAAUGAGGAACAUUUGGAAUUUGAGUCGGAAUUUGGUUUCUGGUUUCUGAAUUGACUGGAAUUGAAAUGGAGUUGACCCCAACCCUGGUAGAACCAGGUGUAAUACAGGAGUAGAAACUAUAUUUGACUUGAGGAAUGGAGCCCAAACUAAUACAGUAAACCAUGUUUUCUGGUGGCAGACCUGUUAACAACCUAUCCCUUAGCCCAAGCAGCAAGGUUACAGUAAACCAUGCCUUCUGGUGGCAGACCUGUGUAUGUGGUUUGUCCUCUCCUCUCAGGAGAAACGUAGGUCAGAGAGGGCCGAGAUCCAGAGGGUACGCACUGAGAAGGACAAGGAACGCCAGGCCAGACGUGAGGUCUGUAGCCCUAUACUCCCCAAGCAAACACAGGACACGCAACAUGUCAUUUAGCUGUUGUUUUUUUACCCAACAUGGGGUUUAAACGUGGGUGUCCUGGUUGCCUGUACAGGAGGAGAGGCUGAAGAAGGAGGAGAUGGAUCAAAAGAGGAAGGCUGAUGACGAUGCUAAGAAGAAGUCAGCUCUGUCCAACAUGGGCUCCAGCUAUAGCAGCUCGCUGCAGAAGGUAAGGUGACCGCCACACACUAUGCUAAACACAGAUCCAGCGCCUCUCAAAAUCCACCUUGUUCCCUACAUAUAGAGCACACUACUUUGCAAAACAUGGACCUAUCUGCAUCACAGCCAACCUGCUCUUCUGGAAACACUUUGAAAGAUUUUUAGCGGAUGCUUUAGUCCUAGUUGGUUCCAUGAAAUGACAAGCAUCAUAUACAGUGGGGAAAAAAAGUAUUUAGUCAGCCACCAAUUGUGCAAGUUAUCCCACUUAAAAAGAUGAGAGAGGCCUGUAAUUUUCAUCACAGGUACACGUCAACUAUGACAGAGAAAAUGAGGAAAAAAAAUCCAGAAAAUCACAUUGUAGGAUUUUAAAUGAAUUUAUUUGCAAAUUAUGGUGGAAAAUAAGUAUUUGGUCAAUAACAAAAGUUUCUCAAUACUUUGUUAUAUACCCUUUGUUGGCAAUGACACAGGUCAAAUGUUUUCUGUAAGUCUUCACAAGGUUUUCACACACUAUUGCUGGUAUUUUGGCCCAUUCCUCCAUGCAGAUCUCCUCUAGAGCAGUGAUGUUUUGGGGCUGUCGCUGGGCAACACGGACUUUCAACUCCCUCCAAAGAUUUUCUAUGGGGUUGAGAUCUGGAGACUGGCUAGGCCACUCCAGGACCUUGAAAUGCUUCUUACGAAGCCACUCCUUCGUUGCUGGGGCGGUGUGUUUGGGAUCAUUGUCAUGCUGAAAGACCCAGCCACGUUUCAUCUUCAAUGCCCUUGCUGAUGGAAGGAGGUUUUCACUCAAAAUCUCACGAUACAUGGCCCCAUUCAUUAUUUCCUUUACACGGAUCAGUCGUCCUGGUCCCUUUGCAGAAAAACAGCCCCAAAGCAUGAUGUUUCCAUCCCCAUGCUUCACAGUAGGUAUGGUGUUCUUUGGAUGCAACUCAGCAUUCUUUGUCCUCCAAACACGACGAGUUGAGUUUUUACCAAAAAGUUCAGUUUUGGUUUCAUAUGACCAUAUGACAUUCUCCCAAUCCUCUUCUGGAUCAUCCAAAUGCACUCUAGCAAACUUCAGACGGGCCUGGACAUGUACUGGCUUAAGCAGGGGGACACGUCUGGCACUGCAGGAUUUGAGUCCCUGGCGGCGUAGUGUGUUACUGAUGGUAGGCUUUGUUACUUUGAUCCCAGCUCUCUGCAGGUCAUUCACUAGGUCCCCCCGUGUGGUUCUGGGAUUUUUGCUCAGCGUUCUUGUGAUCAUUUUGACCCCAUGUGGCGAGAUCUUGCGUGGAGCCCCAGAUCGAGGGAGAUUAUCAGUGGUCUUGUAUGUCUUCCAUUUCCUAAUAAUUGCUCCCACAGUUGAUUUCUUCAAACCAAGCUGCUUACCUAUUGCAGAUUCAGUCUUCCCAGCCUGGUGCAGGUCUACAAUUUUGUUUCUGGUGUCCUUUGACAGCUCUUUGGUCUUGACCAUAGUGGAGUUUGGAGUGUGACUGUUUGAGGUUGUGGACAGGUGUCUUUUAUACUGAUAAGUUCAAACAGGUGCCAUUAAUACAGGUAACGAGUGGAGGACAGAGGAGCCUCUUAAAGAAGAAGUUACAGGUCUGUGAGAGCCAGAAAUCUUGCUUGUUUGUAGGUGACCAAAUACUUAUUUUCCACCAUAAUUUGCAAAUAAAUUCAUUAAAAAUCCUACAAUGUGAUUUUCUGGAUUUUUUUCUCUCAAUUUGUCUGUCAUAGUUGACGUGUACCUAUGAUGAAAAUUACAGGCCUCUCUCAUCUUUUUAAGUGGAAGAACUUGCACAAUUGGUGGCUGACUAAAUACUUUUUUUCCCCACUGUAACAACGUAACAGUAUUUGAAAAUAUGACAGAAAGACAUCACAUGAUUAAAGUUACAGAUCGUGUUAUUACAAGCUGUAGCUCUGAACCUCUUGCUCAACACAGAUCUUGGCGAAAUCUGAAAUGGCGAUCUAUUUCCUAUUGGCCCCCUAUUUCCCAUUGCCCGACGACUCAUCCUGAAUUUAAAUUCGUUGUUCUAUCGCUCCAUACAUCUGUCUGAACCUGCCAUCCAUCGUUUGUGCUGACGUCAAAAUGACGUGAUUCAUGAUUUGUGUAGGCCGGCUCUGGCCCAACCCAUCGGUUUCCGGGACCAAUCAGAACGCUCAGAAUGUGUUCGCUUUCUCAAAGAGUCGGGGAGGAAAGCAGAUCCAGACAUAUCAUGGAGAAGAAACAUUAGUGGGCGUGGAGUUGGGCCUGAGUGAUGUGAAUGGGUAGCCAGGCUAUCUUUCCUAUGUAGUAGUGGGGGCGGAGUUGGGCCUGAGUGAUGUAGAUGGGUAGCCAGGCUAUCUUUCCUAUGUAGUAGUGGGGGCGGAGUUGGGCCUGAGUGAUGUGGAUGGGUAGCCAGGCUAUCUUUCCUAUGUAGUAGUGGGGGUGGAGUUGGGCCUGAGUGAUGUGGAUGGGUAGCCAGGCUAUCUUUCCUAUGUAGUAGUGGGGGUGGAGUUGGGCCUGAGUGAUGUGGAUGGGUAACCAGGCUAUCUUUCCUAUGUAGUAGUGGGGGUGGAGUUGGGCCUGAGUGAUGUAGAUGGGUAACCAGGCUAUCUUUCCUAUGUAGUAGUGGGGGUGGAGUUGGGCCUGAGUGAUGUAGAUGGGUAGCCAGGCUAUCUUUCUUAUGUAGUAGUGGGGGCGGAGUUGGGCCUGAGUGAUGUGGAUGGGUAACCAGGCUAUCUUUCCUCUGUAGUAGUGGGGGCGGAGUUGGGCCUGAGUGAUGUAGAUGGGUAGCCAGGCUAUCUUUCCUAUGUAGUAGUGGGGGUGGAGUUGGGCCUGAGUGAUGUAGAUGGGUAGCCAGGCUAUCUUUCCUAUGUAGUAGUGGGGUGGAGUUGGGCCUGAGUGAUGUAGAUGGGUAGCCAGGCUAUCUUUCCUAUGUAGUAGUGGGGGCGGAGUUGGGCCUGAGUGAUUUGGAUGGGUAGCCAGGCUAUCUUUCCUAUGUAGUAGUGGGGGUGGAGUUGGGCCUGAGUGAUGUAGAUGGGUAGCCAGGCUAUCUUUCCUAUGUAGUAGUGGGGUGGAGUUGGGCCUGAGUGAUGUAGAUGGGUAGCCAGGCUAUCUUUCCUAUGUAGUAGUGGGGGCGGAGUUGGGCCUGAGUGAUUUGGAUGGGUAGCCAGGCUAUCUUUCUGGAUGGGUAGCCAGGCUAUCUUUCUGGAUGGGUAGCCAGGCUAUCUUUCUGGAUGGGUAGCCAGGCUAUCUUUCUGGAUGGGUAGCCAGGCUAUCUUUCUGGAUGGGUAGCCAGGCUAUCUUUCUGGAUGGGUAGCCAGGCUCUUUCUGGAUGGGUAGCCAGGCUAUCUUUCCUAUGUAGAACACUACUGAUACAGUACAACUUUCACAUUUCAUAUAAUGACUAUUUCUGUCUCUGAACCUGUUGCUGUUGCUCUGUCACCCCCCAGGCUGACACUAAGAGAGGAGGUAAGAAGCAGACUGAGAGAGAGAAGAAGAAGAAGAUCCUGGCGGAGAGACGCAAGCCUCUCAACAUCGACCAUCUGAACGAGGACAAGCUGAAGUAAGAUAUCAGUUUCGGUGGGAGUGUGGAUAUAUUUGUUUCUGUGUUAGUAAGGAGGGGGGGGGGGCGUGAACCUGAACAGUUUGGCAUAGAUGUAGAGCAGCCAGGAGGUUCCUUGGAGACAUCACUCGACUAUGAGAAUACUCUAUUGCCGAUUGUCAUUUUUCAUAUCACAGAAAUGUGCCGUUUUUAACCAAACCUCCUUAAUGUUUUGCUCUUCACCAUUUGCCCCUUUGCAGGGAGAAGGCUAAGGAUCUGUGGGAAUGGAUGCAUCAACUGGAGUCUGAAAAGUAUGAACACAUUGAGAAACUCAAGAGGCAGAAGUAUGAGGUGAGGGCUUGCAUUUUUACAUUUACAUCAGAUGCGCUUCUUCCACAGAGAUACUAUGCGAAAUUACCGUUAUUAUAACAUUAGGGUUGGAGUCAAUUCACUUUUCAAUCAAGUCCAACAACAACAUGUUUUAGAUUUUUUUCCCCCCACAGAAUUUAAAGGGGCAAUAUGUAGUAGCUACAUACACUACAAGACCAAAAGUAUGUGGACACCUGCUCGUCCAACAUCUCAUUCCAAAAUCAUGGGUAUUAAUAUGGAGUUGGUCCCCCCCUUUGCUGCUAUAACAGCCUCCACUCUUCCGGGAAGGCUUUCCACUAGAUGUUGGAACAUUGCUGAGGGGACUUGCUUCCAUUCAGCCACAAGAGCAUUAGUGAGGUCGGGCACUGAUGUUGGGCGAUUAGGCCUGACUCGCAGUCGGCGUUCCAAUUCAUCCCAAAGGUGUUCGAUGGGGUUGAUGUCAGGGCUCUGUGCGGGCCAGUCAAGUUCUUCCACACCGAUCUCGACAAACCAUUUCUGAAUGGCCCUAUUACAACCUACACUGUAUGUGUUGUACUGUAUGUGUUGUACUGUAUGUGUUGUACUGUAUGUGUUGUACUGUAUGUGUUGUGAUAAUUGCCUUGUUUGCUAUUAGUUCAUGUGCCUUGCGACCCUGAUAUAUAGGCCUAAAGGCCGAGACAAUAAGAAGACAGUGGCAGAAUAAAUUCAACCACACCUUUGUUUCAUCACAAAACCAGAUAGCAACCUCUGUCCUGCAGAAGUCCACGACGCAUAUUGCAUGUACAGUAACAGACAGUUACAUGACCUACAGCAUGGUCAAGCAAGGUAAUGUUUCUGACAUUUUCGGACCUCUAAACUAUUGAUUUUGAACCACAGAGAGUUACCGCAAGUCGCAAAGAAAACGGGAGCUGCCUCCACUAUUCAAGCACCAUUUCAACUUCAACAUUUCGAAUUGAAGGAAAAUUAUGAAACACAGAGAGAUUAAAGAUAAAUUAGUUUAUGUUUAAUUUGUUUGUUUGUUUUUUAAUUUGGGGGAAGCCUAGCUUCCCUUGGCGUCCAUGGUUUUUGAUGGUAGUCCACUCUGGUAGGCCUACAUUAUGAUCAAAUAGCCACAGUAGCCUACUUGACCACUGUUAAAACUGUAACUUAAAGCAGGUACAGCCUCAUUGAUCACAGGAAAUGCACCCUGGAAGUUGCACAGGUUUGCUCGGUGCCGGAACAUUGGGCAGGAGAACGCUUGGUUAUUGUUAUAAUGACUAUAAUCUAAAUGGAUCGGGGUCAAUUCCAUUUUUAAUUUAGUCAAUUCAUGAAGUAAAUUGAAAUUAAAGUAGCAAUCAGCAUUUGAAACAAUAACAAUAAUACGCCAUUUAGCAGACGCUUUUAUCCAAAGCGACUUACAGUCAUGUGCGCAUACAUUUUUACGUAUGGGUGGUCCCGGGGAUCGAACCCACUACCCUGGCAUUACAAGCGCCAUGCUCUACCAAUGGAGCUACAGAGGAGCACUCACCAAAGCAUAUUCCCGCCCCUUUUUGUGUAAAAAUCUGUGCUAUUGUGCUCUUAGUUAUUUUGAUCGACCACUGAUUUAUAAUCAGAGGGUAAACGUUUCCUCUCAUUCUGUAAGGAAGUACCUGACGGUUGAAAACCAUGUUUCAGGCAAAAAACAAGUUAUUACUAAGAUGAUCAGGCUAAUUUAGGGUCAGUUUCCCGGACACAUGUAACUGGAGAUUCUUAAUUGAUCUUGCUUUUUAGGCUAGGACUGGGCUUAAUCUGUGUCUGGUAAACCGGCCCUUAUAGUUACAUCAGUGGUAGGUAGAUUCACCAGAUAGAGACAAAGGGGUUUAACCCCUUCUGCUCUGAUGUCCUCCAGGUCAACACUAUGUAACAGAGGGGAGGAGCUAAAUCGAUUGAGUAGUAAAUAAAGACAUGCUCCAAGGACAGGCCCUGGGUCAGUCGCAGCCACAGAGCCGCAGCCAGGGCUUAAAGAGCGCAGGGUCUAAAGACAGGUCCUGGGUCUGCAACAGACAGGUCCUGGGUCUGCAGGCUCUGGAUGCUUUAGAAGGACAGUGGAAAACAAAACCCCAAAGGGGGGGGCAGCAGUGUCUGCCCUCAGGUGAAAGGGGACAGGUCAAAGGUUAAUAGUCAGAGGGUGAGGUGAAAAUGAAUGAGUUGGUGUCUCCAAAAUGGCAUCUUAUUCCCUUCAAAUGUACAGUGCACCCCUUUUAGCAAGAGCCAAAAGGCCAAAUGUGGUGCCCUAUACACGACUAGGGUGUCAUUUCAGAUUGGGACCUGAAGUCAAUGAAACAGGUGCUGCUUAGAAAUUGUAGUACCCCUCUGCUUCAGAUCAGGGUGGCUUGCUGCUGCCUGAAGAUAAGUGGGUGUUGCUGUGUCAGUCUGAGGGUCUCUUCCAGUCGGUCCUCUCUUCGUCCCACAGAGAGUAAGAGCUUCCUGCUGAGGCUGUGUGGAGCUGCAGCCUCGCCACUGACCUCCUCCACUGUCUUUCUUGUGUUCUCUGUUGUCCCGUUUUGCCUUGUACUCCCAUUGAGCUGGAGCACCAAGAGGCAGAACACACAACGCUGACAACCUGUAUGGACAGAAAGAGAUCAGGAACAAUACAAAAAGAAAGCUACAAGUUUGGCUGUCACUACAUUUUUAAAAAGCUACUUUGCCCCUUAGGGCCCCUGUAUUCAACAUAUGACUUCAUAUUUAAUGCACAGGAGGUUGGUGGCACCUUAAUUGGGGAGGACGGGCUCGUGGUAACUGCUGGAGUGGAAAUGGUUUCCAUGGUUUCCAUGUGUUUGAUGCCAUUCCAUUCGCUCCGUUCCGGCCAUUAUUAUUUUGAGUCGUCCUCCCCUCAGAAGCCUCCUGUGGUUUAAUGACAUCAGAUCAACUACAACACCUGUGAAGACAUUGACUGAGCCGAUCCAGUCACUAGUAUUCAUUAGUGCUGUAGUGGGUACACGUGUGUUAGAGUGCUCUUGGUUGCCCACCUCAGCCCAACAGGUCGUUGCAACAGGACUGCUGCUGUCUCUUUAAAGGUGUCACUAAUGACCCAGAGGUCAGGGGUCAAAUGUAACGGCCCCCCCUGGUAACUGCUUCUGAUUGGUUUAAACACGCUCGUGUGUUGUUUUCAGGUCAUCUCUCUCAGAAAUCGUAUUGAUGAGCUGCAGAAACAGUAAGUACUGCCUCCCACUCCCUCAGCAUUCCUUCCUCUCCCAGUCAUUGGUGGUCGCGUCCCAAAACGGCACCCCAUUCCCUAUAUAGUGCACUACUUUUGACAAGGGCCCAUAGGGUUCUGGUCAAAAGUAGUGCACUACAUAGGGAAUAGGGGGCCGUUUGGGACAAAACUACUCCUCAGAGACAGACAGCAUGAUAAUCUGAUCUGAUGCAUUUCCUAUAUAACGAAUGAUGAAAUGCAUUGUCAUAACAUCUUUUAAUUCUGGUCUGAGUUAGAAGAGAGCUUGACAAAUAGUUGUGUUGGUCAACACAUAAGGCUCACGUCUGCAACACUAAGGCAUGGCUGUUCCACUAAGAAGCACACAAAAUGUCCUUAGAACAGGGUUUACAAGGCGGACAUUUUGUUUUUGCAAAAAGGUAAGGCCAUUGCAAAACACUGAAGUGACGUUGCUUACAAUACUAGCCAAUAAUGAGUGACUUACCUUCGACCAUACCAGAGGAGAGGUAUUUAACAACAUUUCCCUAUGGCGGUUCCAUCACAUUAUCAUCAUCAUGUGAUGCAACAGAGAGAAGUACUGUAAGGUCCACAUCAGAAUCAUAGUUCUAUACAGUAUGGCUCUGGUCCACAUGCUUUGCGUUGUUGUUGUCUGUGUACUGUAAGGGCUGCUUCAGAGGCAAAGGAAGUGAGGCUCAACAGGAUAAUAUGUCAAUAGGAAGUGAGGCUCAACAGUAUAAUAUGUCAAUAGGAAGUGAGGCUCAACAGAUAAUAUGUCAAUAGGAAGUGAUUCUCAACAGAUAAUAUGUCAAUAGGAAGUGAGGCUCAACAGAUAAUAUGUCAAUAGGAAGUGAUUCUCAACAGAUAAUAUGUCAAUAGGAAGUGAGGCUCAACAGAUAAUAUGUCAAUAGGAAGUGAGGCUCAACAGCAAUAUAUGUCAAUAGGAAGUGAGGCUCAACAGCAUUAUAUGUCAAUAGGAAGUGAGGCUCAACAGAUAAUAUGUCAAUAGGAAGUGAGGCUCAACAGGAUAAUAUGUCAAUAGGAAGUGAGGCUCAACAGAUAAUAUGUCAAUAGGAAGUGAGUCUCAACAGAUAAUAUGUCAAUAGGAAGUGAGGCUCAACAGAUAAUAUGUCAAUAGGAAGUGAGGCUCAACAGAUAAUAUGUCAAUAGGAAGUGAGGCUCAACAGAUAAUAUGUCAAUAGGAAGUGAGGCUCAACAGAUAAUAUGUCAAUAGGAAGUGAGGCUCAACAGAUAAUAUGUCAAUAGGAAGUGAGGCUCAACAGAUAAUAUGUCAAUAGGAAGUGAGGCUCAACAGAUAAUAUGUCAAUAGGAAGUGAGGCUCAACAGUAUAAUAUGUCAAUAGGAAGUGAGGCUCAACAGUAUAAUAUGUCAAUAGGAAGUGAGGCUCAACAGAUAAUAUGUCAAUAGGAAGUGAGGCUCAACAGGAUAAUAUGUCAAUAGGAAGUGAGGCUCAACAGAUAAUAUGUCAAUAGGAAGUGAGGCUCAACAGAUAAUAUGUCAAUAGGAAGUGGAUUUCAACAGAUAAUAUGUCAAUAGGAAGUGAGGCUCAACAGUAUAAUAUGUCAAUAGGAAGUGAGGCUCAACAGAUAAUAUGUCAAUAGGAAGUGAGGCUCAACAGAUAAUAUGUCAAUAGGAAGUGAGGCUCAACAGAUAAUAUGUCAAUAGGAAGUGAGGCUCAACAGGAUAAUAUGUCAAUAGGAAGUACUUUCACCACAUCAUACCCAGCUACUGGAAGUACAAGUGAAGCGUUGACAGUUUCACCACUUGCUCUUUUAUUGGCCCAAGUAUUCUUCAAGAUGAAUCAAAAGAGAACUAAUUGCACUUAACAUUGGCCUACUAAACAUUGUAGCCCACAUUAAUUUAUUGCCUCAAUUUCUUUGCUGUCUGUCUGUCUGUCUGUCUGUCUGAGUCUGUGUGGAUGAGUCAUUUGUGGAGAACUUUCAUUCUUCAAGGAUGACAAAUAGGCUACUUACAGUAUUACUGUAUAUUAAUCUCUCUCUGACCUCGUUUGUCUCAAUGGGAUACAUUAAAUAGCUAUAGUUUGCCAUCUGAUAUAACUCAGAGGUAAGUAUGGCAUGGCUUGACAUUGUAAUGCAGCAUGGUCAGGCAACUAAAUCUAAAUGUGUGACUAAAACUAAAUUUAACAUUGGUCAAAAUGACAUCCACUGUGUUUUACGAUAGCGUACUGAACAUGACAUCCAGUGUGUUUUACGAUAGCAUACUGAACAUGACAUCCAGUGUGUUUUACGAUAGCAUACUGAACAUGACAUCCAGUGUGUUUUACAAAAGCAUACUGAACAUGCCACUCUAGCUAGGAUAGUUUAAAGGUAGUCCAACAUUUUGAUCAAAUAAUCAAAUCAAAUAUAACUUAUUUUUCCUUGUAUGAUAGGCUUAUUUUCAAUAUGAUUUACUCUCACAGUAGUAAUAAUGUGACCUCAGAAUUAAUGUUGGCCCAUUGUCUAUCUGGAUGUUCUAAUUUACACGUGGUAUGUUCGCCUAAACAUGGAAAUAAAUAAUAAAUACUAACUAUGGUUCACCAAGGGGACUAUGGCAUUGGGUGCUGUUUAAAGCCAAUGCUUGACACUAGAGGGCAUUACCUACAUAACAGAACAGGACCCCUGACGUGUGUUUGCACUGUUGGCGCAUUGCAGCAGCAAGAAGGGAGCCGCAGCCCGCCGCAGAAAGUAAACUGCCCGCCCGAGAGGCCUCAGCACCGGCGUGCGUCCGCCAUGCUGCCCGCAUCUGUACCGGCAGGGACAACUGACUCUGCCUCUGCCCGCCACAGCCAUCCAGAACCCGGGUAGACCCAACGGCAUGGAACCGACAAGCUGCACUGGAUGUCCUACUGUCUGCUUUCGUAUUAUGUGAAUGAUGUUGUCAUAGUCGCAUUCUUCUCAUGUCCUGUCCUCUCACACCGGACUGCUGUUAGGUUCU